AUGUCAGCAGAGUCACACACACCGCAAGCUCUAGCUUCGUCGUUAGAAGUUAUAGCAGAUCGCGUUCCAAAUGAGGUGUGGUGUCUGAUUCUUAACUAUAGUUCACAAAAAGAACAUGCAGCUUUCAGCCUUGUGUCGAGACUACUGCGCCGGCUCGCCGAACCUUUCCUAUACUCAGAAUUCUCCUGGGUCCCUCCUCCCCGUCAAGAAUUGCCUCCUAUCCCCGAUCUAUCCGGCAAGGAUAUCUUAGCAUUCACUAAAUCGAGGAGAAAGAAGAGAAAUAGAGUUUUAGGUCAUUUCGGACCUCCUCCCUACCUCCUUCUUCGGACCAUCCUGAACCGCCCGGAUCUCGCUCAUCAUGUCAAGCGUGCAACGAUCUUGGCAGUGGACACUUCAGCUGGGUUGUUCUGGAAUAAAUAUGAGACACGUGAGGGGGGCCUCAGUUUAGGAGAAUUCACCAUGUGUGUGGAUAGGAUACAGGAAAUGGAGGAUAUCCCGUAUUUGCCUUGGGUGCACGCGCUCAAAGAAGGGGCAUUGGACGUGGCAAUCGGACUCCUUGUCGCUUUUCUCCCCCGGCUUACAUUGAUCGAUAUACGAAUUCGUGGAAGUUGUAUCUAUCGAAGCAAAAUCUUUCAAGCUAUCGGCGAUCCGGCGAAACUUUACAGACUUCAACCUAUUAAAAACAUCGUUGUUUCACUCGACACCGACAAUGCUAGAUCCCCACAACUUCAACGCGACUAUUUCGAACAGAUGCUAGAUAAUCAAUACGACAUUGAUCUGCAAAUGUCGCGGCUGUUUCGCGUUCCAGGUCUCCAAACACUAUCUGUUAGUUGCUUUGUCCCAGAUGUAGUUGUUUGGGACUGGCGCAGCGGAAUACCCUACACAGAAAACCUUACCGCCCUCUCACUUCGAUACAGUGAACUUAGCGAAGAUCAUUUAGCACAACUACUGGAGGCAACCCCAAAGCUUGAAACACUGGAAUGUGACCUUGUUUAUGACAGAUCGCUAGGGGAACAUUGCGAUGGUGGAAAGAUUAAUUCUGCCCUGAGUCUCGCCUCUGACACCCUGAAGCACCUCACCCUCCGUUUCCAAAUCAUUUACCCGUUUGAUAUAGGAAAUGGGAAUGAUCCUUGGAAUGUUCGACAAUCAAUUGGAUCGAUGAAACAUUUCACGCAACUCAAGUACCUUGCGAUUCCUAUUCUCGUGCUCUACAACCGGGCUUUUCCACAGGAAUUUGAUACUAUUUUGCCAAACCAGCUCGAAAUUAUCCGUCCAGACUGGUAUCCUGCAAUUCCUGACCCUCGUGAACAUUUUGCUCCCGGCUGGAUGCUUUUGAGACUGUAUAUGAAGCGGCGGGGAUUGGGGAGGUGA